CUCACGCCGAGCGGCGGGAGCCGCCGCGCGCUGAGAGGCGCUUGCCCGUGGCCGGAGUCGGAGCGAGGGAGAGCGGGCGAGCGGGCGGGCGGGCGGGCGAGCGCGGCGGGGAGAUGUGCCCGGAGGAGGGCGGCGCGGCCGGGCUGGGCGAGCUCCGCUCCUGGUGGGAAGUCCCGGCCAUCGCGCACUUCUGCUCGCUCUUUCGCACGGCGUUCCGCCUGCCCGACUUCGAGAUCGAGGAAUUAGAGGCAGCUCUUCACAGAGAUGACUCAGAGUUUAUCAGUGAUCUGAUUGCCUGCCUGCUUCAAGGCUGCUAUCAGCGAAGGGAUAUCACGCCUCAGACAUUCCACAGCUACCUGGAAGACAUCAUUAACUAUCGUUGGGAGCUUGAAGAAGGAAAGCCCAAUCCUCUGAGAGAAGCCAGUUUCCAGGACCUUCCUCUGCGCACUCGGGUAGAGAUCCUGCAUCGCCUCUGUGAUUACCGGCUAGAUGCAGAUGAUGUCUUUGAUCUUCUCAAGGGUCUAGAUGCAGACAGUCUCCGAGUAGAGCCUCUGGGUGAAGACAAUUCAGGUGCACUCUAUUGGUACUUCUAUGGGACACGAAUGUACAAAGAAGACCCAGUACAAGGAAGGUCCAAUGGAGAACUCUCCUUGAGCAGGGAAAGUGAAAGACAAAAAAAUGUCUCAAAUGUUCCUGGAAAAACAGGCAAAAGAAGAGGAAGGCCUCCAAAAAGGAAAAAAGUACAGGAGGAGAUUAUAUCAAGUGAAAAACAGGAAGAAAACUCCUUGGCAUCUGACCUACAGACAAGAAAUGGGUCCCGAGGGCCAGGCCAAGGUACUUGGUGGCUCCUGUGUCAAACGGAAGAAGAAUGGAGACAGGUCACUGAGAGCUUCCGAGAGAGAACCUCUCUCCGAGAGCGGCAACUCUACAAGCUGCUCAGUGAGGACUUCCUGCCUGAAAUCUGUAACAUGAUUGCCCAGAAGGGAAAACGUCCACAGCGCACAAAGCCAGAAUUGCAACAUAGGUUUAUGUCUGACCAUCUGUCCAUCAAAUCCAUCAAGCUAGAGGAGACUCCCAUGCUCACCAAGAUAGAGAAACAGAAGCGCAAGGAGGAGGAGGAGGAGCGGCAGCUCCUGCUGGCGGUGCAGAAGAAGGAGCAGGAGCAGAUGCUGAAAGAGGAGAGGAAGCGGGAACUGGAGGAAAAGGUCAAGGCAGUGGAAGAUCGAGCUAAGAGGAGAAAGCUCAGGGAAGAGCGAGCAUGGUUGCUGGCUCAAGGCAAGGAGCUACCCCCAGAACUUUCCCAUUUGGACGCAAAUUCUCCUAUGAGAGAAGAAAAGAAGACCAAGGACCUCUUUGAGCUGGAUGACGAUUUCACUGCCAUGUAUAAAGUUCUAGAUGUGGUAAAGGCUCACAAGGAUUCCUGGCCCUUCUUGGAACCUGUGGAUGAAUCUUAUGCCCCCAACUAUUACCAGAUUAUUAAGAUCCCCAUGGAUAUUUCAAGCAUGGAGAAGAAAUUAAAUGGAGGUUUAUAUUGUACCAAGGAGGAAUUUGUAAAUGACAUGAAGACCAUGUUCAGGAAUUGUCGGAAAUACAAUGGAGACAGCAGUGAGUAUACCAAGAUGUCUGAUAAUUUAGAGCGCUGUUUUCAUCGGGCCAUGACAAAGCAUUUUCCUGGUGAAGAUGGAGACACAGAUGAAGAAUUUUGGAUCAGAGAGGAUGAAAAACGGGAAAAAAGAAGGAGUCGGGCUGGUCGAAGUAGUGGAAGCCAUGUUUGGACCCGCUCUAGAGACUCAGAAGGGCCCAGCAGGAAGCAGCCACCAGUGGAGAAUGGAGGAAAAUCACUGCCCCCUGCACGCCGAGCUGCCUCCUCAGGGGAUGAUCAGAGUAACAGUUCUAUACAGCUCCCUUCAGAGGUGGGCACAUCAAAUGGCCAAGGCUUUUCCCACCCCCUGCACUGUAGCAGAGUGCCUAACCAGGCACCCCUUCUAAACCAGAUGAGGCCAGCAGCACCAGGAACAUUUGGCUCUCUUCAAGGAUCAGAUCCCACCAACUUAUAUGGCUCCUCUCGAGUCCCAGAGGUGUCCCCAGGAGAUUCCUUGCAGCACCCACCCUUUGCUAUACAGGCUCCAGUGGGAAUAAGUAACCACCGAGGAACCCGGCUCAGUGCUCCUAAGGAAAAGAUGUGCGGGGGUCUAACACACCUUUCCAGUAUGGGAUCCCAGCUCCCCUCCCUGCAGCUUGGGCAGAUGAGUUGUCCCAGUCAAGAUGGAAACAUCUAUCCACCAGCUCCUUUCCAGGCAGGAUUUAUUCCUUCUAGGCAUGGUGGGACUCCAGCCCGACCUCCAGACUUCCCUGAAAGCUCAGAAAUUCCUCCCAGUCACAUUUAUCAUUCAUACAAGUACCUGAAUCGAGUACACCCUGCUGUCUGGAAUGGGAACCAUGGUGCUACGAACUCAGGACGUUUGGGGCCAGAUGAGAAGCCCCACCUGGGGCCAGGACCCUCUCACCACCCUCCUACCCUUGGUCAUGUGAUGGAUGCCCGAGUGAUGAGACCACCUAUCCCACCAAACCAGUGGACUAAACAGUCAAGCUUUCUACCUCAUGGAGUUCCUUCCUCGGGGUAUAUGCAACCAGCCUGUAAGUCUGCUGGACAUCGGUUGCAGCCACCUCCAGCUCCAGCACCAAGUCCUCUGUUUGGAGGACCCUCCCAGCCCCUCCGGGCAGUGCAAGGAGGGGAAUCCAUGAUGGACAGUCCUGAAAUGAUCGCCAUGCAGCAGCUCUCCUCCCGAGUCUGUCCCCCGGGUGUGCCUUACCACCCCCGCCAGCCCACUCCUCCCCAGUUACCUGGUCCCUUUCCACAGGCAGCUCAUUCAGCAUCAGUGUGUGUGUCAGUCCCCAAGCCUGCUUUGGACAACCCUGGGAGCACACAGGAUAUCAGUGAGACACAGGAGCCUGAGAAUGACCGAGCAGAGCCUUUGCCUAGGCUUGAAGAGAAAACAGCAAGCGUUUGUGCUUCAGAGGGGGUGUACCUCAAACAGCUACCUCACCAGACACCUCCCCUGCAAGCCAACUGUACCAGGCAAAGUUCACCACAAGAAAGGGAAGCAGAGGGCUCGGAACUCAAAAGUGAUGCUUCAGAAACUCCAGACACUUACAAAGCAUCGAAGAGCAAGAACUCCUGGCCUUUGGACAGUAGCUACACCAGCCCAACUGUGCAGGGUUGUUUGAGAGACCUCUCUAUGGUGGCAGACAGAGGGCCUCUACCUGAAAAUGGGGUUGUUGAUGAAACAUCUCCUUGUAGGUCAGAAGGGAAGGGCCUUGGUGGCAGUGGUUCAGAAAAGCCACUCUGCCCCAGGGGUAAAACAUUGCAGGAAACCAUGCCAGGUGCAGGACAGAAUGCGACUACACCUCCUUCCGCAGACCCCAAUUUGAUGACAGGCACUAUAAAUCAGUUUUCUCCCUUGUACAUGCCUGGCCUAGAAUACUCUAAUUCAGCUACACAUUACCAUAUGAAUCCAGGUCUGCAAGGCUUGGGCCCUAUGAUGGGAGGAAAGUCCCCAGGAUCACAUCCUCAGCCCUUCUCUCCCAGGGGCUUCCAGCCUAACAGUCCCCAUCCUGGACUCUUUCCCCAAUACCGCCCCCAGCAGGGAAUGAGGUAUGCCUACCAGGCAUCUUCUCAGCCCUCAUACCACCCCUAUCAGCGGACUCCUUAUUACACAUGUCCACAGGGCUUUUCUGAUUGGCAGAGAUCUCUCCCUUCGCAGAGAAGCCCAAGUGAAGCCCCAGGGAGUCACCCCCCACGCCCUCUCUUCUCAGAUAAGAAUGCCUUGUCUAGUCUGCAAGGCUGUGAGACACUUAAUGCUGCCUUAACUUCUCCAACUCAAAUGGAUGCAGUGGCUGCUAAAGUUGUCCCAUCUGAUGGACAGAAUCCUGGUCCAGAGGAAGAAAAGCUGGAUGAAUCUGUGGAGAGGCCAGAGAGUCCCAAAGAAUUUCUGGAUCUGGACAACCAUAAUGCAGCUACCAAGCGGCAGAGCUCACUGUCUACAAAUGACUAUCUUUAUGGAGCUCCACCUCCACCUCUGAGCUCAGGAGUGACUUUUGGCUCACCUGCUUUCCCACCCCACAGUGUGAUGCUGCAGACAGGGUCUCCUUAUACCCCUCAGCGUCCAGCCAGUCACUUUCAACCCAGGGCAUACCCAUCUCCUGUAGCUGCGCAUCCACCUCCCCAUCCGGUGGCCACCCAGCCGAAUGGCCUCUCUCCAGAGGGCCCCCUCUACCGCUGUCAGGAAGAGGGCAUAGGUCACUUUCAGGCUGCAGUGAUGGAGCAGGCUGGCACUGGAAGCGGAAUAAGAGGCCCUUUCCAAGAAGUGCACAGACCAUCAGGAAUGCACAUGCAUCCAAUCCAGUCACAGUCCUUAUUCCCAAAGACCCCGGCACCUGCAGCAUCACCGGAACAGUUGCCACCACAUAAGCCCCCCACACUUCCUCUGGAUCAGAGCUAGUCCAAGGAGGAAAUAACCCCCAAGGAAAUGGACAGCUGCACAUGAAGACAUACAGGCCUUGGAGGAUUUGGAGGAAUGACUGCUGUGCGCCUCUGCGCUGCCAUCCUGUUCCAGCUCUUCUGUGAAGCCUAGCAUCCUCCGAGCUUGAACUCCUGGCCUGCAGAUGCACACUCUAGAUGGCUGACACAGGCCUGUUGCUGGGAUCACCUGCACAGCUGACAAACUUAGCAAGAGCAAGGGGACCUGGAGUUCUUGCUGGCUUCUCCAAAUCUCAAGACUCUUGUUCAGGGAAAAAUCACUUUAACCUUGGGUGGAGGGUACAUGUAAGGAUGGAGUGGUGCUUUUAAACUUUCAUGAGCAGCUAAUCUCAGGUAUAUAUUUGGGGAAGGGACUACUUGUAGUAUUAAUGUUUUUGCAGCUGGGUCCAGUUUACAGAAUUUUCAUGUUGCCUUUUUCUUUUUUUUUUUUUUUUUUUUUUUUUUUGGGUGAAUGUAUUGUAUAUAGAGUGGGACAGUCAGCAGGUGGGCACAUGGAGGAUCUGGGAGUCCUUCCCAGCUAUGGCUGGCACACAGUACUGGAGUAGUCUCUGUCUAUGUAUAGUCAGGUCACACUGAAUGCUUGUGGAGCUUGGAAAAGAGACCUGAAAGGUCUCAGCUUGUGUAUGUCACUAAUGUGUUUUCCAGCCAGCCUCGGAGACAACUCACUGCAUCUGUCCUUCUCAGCGUUCAUUCUCAGUUUGGUGGCAGGUGCUGUCUUGUGGCCUACUGGGUGUUUCAGCCAGAGGACAGGCUGCUCUCACUCUGGUGGCCCAAGUUCUGGAUUCGGGAAAGCACGUCCCUUCCUGAUUUUCUACCAACUCUACCAGAUAGUUGUAAACCAGGAGUUUGGGCUCUCUAGAGUGUUUUACUUAUUAGAAGAUAAAGUGGCCUCUUCAUGGGCCUGUUAGGCCUGUCUAGAAGGCCUCAACAACGCUUUCUAGCACACAUCUGUGUUCUGUGAAAGUGACUACUCAGGUUUGUUAUAUAUGUUAGUCUCAAUAAAGAAAUUGCACAGGUUUGAAGAAGGAAAAUAUAUCCUAUAGAUUUACAUUUGAAUUUAGGACUAUUUCAGUAUGUAUAGUUUUUAUCAGUUUAGAGAAUCAUAGUAGACUCAGUCAUAUUGAUUUAAAGUAGCUGUCAAGGGCUAGUUCUUGGAAAUUAUUUGUUGUGUCUGUGUUAGGAAACAAUUUUACAGUAUUAAAUUACAUUAUUAUGGAUUUAGAAGUGAAUUACACUGGAUUUCCCCCUGCUUUAGCCCUCUGUAUUUUAUUUUAGCUGAGAUAUCACCAAAGUUAGGACCUAUGUUCAAAUUUUUUAAUAUCCCACACAGAAUAAACCAAGGGAACUGCCCUGGCCCUGGAGUUGCAAAUCUCUGUAAAAGAAUAUAAUCUUACAGUAUGCUUUGGGGUAGUAGAGAUCUCCAUAAAAUACCAAUCCAAUCUAGAUUAGAAGUUUAGGUGUGGGAGGGGUCAAUGGGAGGUUUCCCUCCAGUCCCAGCAUCCUCAGUAAUUGCAGAAUAGUCUUCCAAAUAUGUGAGGCGGGAAGGGAAAGAAAUUGGAAACAUCCACGUUGUAGAGAUAAUUGGACCAUAGACACCUGCUCACAAAUGAUGGAAAUGACGGCUUACUAACCUGCUGGUGGUGCUGACCCAUGCAGUGUCUCCCAAGUAUGGCACAUACAGACAGGCAAUUUUCUUUCCAACAACCUUGUUUUAAUUUGUGUUUCCAAAUCAACUGAAUCAGAAGCCUAACACCCACAUGGUCCAGCUUAGAAUUAGAAGAGUAAAGAAGUCCGAUCUGUUAGGUGGCUCUUGGCUGCUGUUAAUAAAAGCCAGCCUAGUCUUAGGACUGCCGUUCUGUGUCUGCCACUGUAGCACAGGCCUGUCACUUCUCACAAGGGAUGCUACAGCCAUCAGGCCUCCGGUCACUAAGCUGAGUGCACUCUGCUUCCACCUCACCUCUGUUCCUGGGUCUAAAGAAACGCUGUGAACGAUAUUGGGGAGCAAGGGAUUGGUGAGGUCCUUUACCCCUGGGUUUAGGGAGGACAUGAAACAGAAAACUGAACUACUGCGUUAAGUUCUAACACUGAGAAUUUGGUGGUGCCUAGUACUUACAGGACCUCGUCCUGUACGUUCCUCCUCUGGUCUGGCCCCAACUUUUAUCUUGGAAGUGCAAGGUCCCCUGGAGCAGCCAGGACACAGUGCUGCACUCCUGUGAGCCCCUGGCCCACUCCUGCAGACCACAGCUUUUGUUUGCGCCUUUCUUCUUCCGGAGCUUCUCUUCCAGAUGCAGAAAACCUCAUUUACAGUCUGCAGUAGGAACCGGGGUUAUGUGAGAUUAAUAGCUGGAAUGUAGUACGUAAGGGUGACUUAAAAUUCCACCUUGGACUAGGACCUGUAUCCGUUGGUCACUGUGACCUUGUCAGUAUGCCGACUCUCCAUGGUCCCCAGUGACAUAGCUGUGCAUGAUUGGAAGCACUCUUUGAUUUAGUGGUAGACUUCCUUUUAUCAAACUUAGUCAUAACUUCGAAACUGUAGGGCCUAAAAGAAACAAGAUUGAGAAAGAAAAGUAGAGCCUCUUAGAAGGUUUAGGGUGUAUGUGUUUGUCCCCCAACCCCAGCCCUGCUGUGAAAUCUGUUUAAAAAAAACAAUUAGCAGGAGCUAUUGGCUAAAACUCCUUGUUUAUAAGAAUGUAAAGAAUAGGAGAAAAUAUGCAGGGUUCUUGUUUAUGUAACUUUCCAUUCCAUCUUAAAAAUAAAAGGACAGCCACUCUGCCUUCUGAGCAAGAUUGGUUUUGGGUCUUCUGGUAGUACACCUGACUGAGCCUGUGGUAGUUCAAGCUGAGCCCAGGCCCCAGGCCAGCUGCUCUCAAAAGGUAAACCUCAUGCUAGUUAUAUUAAACUGUCGAUGGAAAACGUGUAGUCUCCACCCCUCAGCUCAAUCCAAUUUAAACUUUAAAUGUCAGUUACUCUAGCUUCCUCCUGACUGAACAUCUGGUGUUCUUGUCCAGUGGUGUUUACUUGCUGUGUGGUUGGAAUGUAUGUCCUCCUGGCAUAAGAGGGUGUGCAUGUUAACUUCAGCCUUGAACACACAGCCAUCCCAGUGCAGUUCCCACCAAGUCUGCCACCAGCAAGGCCUCAAGUCAUAGCGCUUGGUCAACCUUUUUUCUUUUAAUGAAUGUUCAAAUCUGUAAAUGAUAUAGUGCUCUUAAAACUUAAUUUGAGUGGCUGGGGAUGUAGGUCUGUAGUAGAACACUUGCAUAGCAUGUGCAGGGCCCUGUGUUCAAUCCCUAGAACUACAGAGUAAAACAGACCUAAGGCAGGUUUGGUGCUAUGGGUCUGUAACCCCAGCUCUGGAAAAGCUGGGGGGCAGGAGGAUCACAAGUUCAAGCUUGCCUGGGCAGCUUAGUAAGACACUGUCUCAAAAGAGAAAAGAAGGGUGUGGUACAGCUCAGUGUUAGAGCUUUAUGCAGCACGCAUCAGGCCCUAUCUUCAGUCCCUAGUAACACACACACACACACACACACACACACACACACAUACUUGAAAUUCCAUGGGAAGUCUUAAUGUAAAGUCCUAAACCCAAGGACAAGUGUCAAAAUCCUCACCUGUUUCGGAUAACCUCAUUUGGUCUUCUAGAAUUCUUUAAGUUCACUUCUUGGCCAGAUUCCUUAUAUACUUAAGCCUGCUGUAAAGUUCCCUUCUGUGUAUCAGUGAGUGUUCAGUUCUGAGGGUUUCUGGAAUGCGGGUCCCUCUUGUCAACAGCUAUGGUAAAGACACUUAGCAUUUGGGUGUAUUGUGCAGAGGCAUUCUCCCCCCACCCCCAUGAAUUUACAGCACUGAUUUAGUAUAAAUGUGAGCCAAGCAUGGUGGUUCAGGCCUUUAAUCCCAGCAGGCAGAGGCAGGCAGAUUUCUGGAGUUCAAGGCCUGCUUGGUCUAGCUCCAGGCCAGCCAAAUCGAUGUAGUGAGACCCUAUCCAAAAGAACAAACCCCCUAAGAAGUAUGAAUGAUGAAUGUGAUUAGGACUUGGUGGUGAGAAGGCACUGGCCUACCUUUUUUUUGUUCAGUGCACUGGACUCUAGCCUCAGGACCUGAGGUAGGCCUUCCCAUUGAGAAGAUAGGCUGCAUCCCUACUCACUGGUUGACACAAGCUUUGCUCUUGAUCCCUCUCUGUUAGUCUUGGGUUAAACAUACUCUCUGGGUGAAGUGGGACAUUGAGCCUUCUACUGUCUAGGCUUAAAUUGGCUGUUCUCGUCUCAUCCUCUCCCCUUGGGGUUCAGAGGGGACAGCUGUAUGGCUAUUGAGUAAUUUAUCGCUCCACCUCAUUCUGUAGCUGCUUUGGCCCCUUGAUUUCUUUAAGCAGGGGUACUUGUCAUUUGACUUGUGGACAGCUCCUGGGGCCCCGGCCACGCUCCUCCAGUCUGUACACAGUGUAAGACAUUUGUUUCCUGCUACGAAAGUGAAUGCCCUAUGAACUGUCCUGGCCAGUACUGGAAAGGGAAUGUAUUUAUUUUUAUAUUGUAUAUAUUUUGUCAUGGUCUGCUGGUUCCCUGUUUCACUGAGAGCGACAAUUACCUCAAUAGUUAGUUGGAUAUUGUGUGUUGGAUAAUUUUUUGGAAGAACUUUUUAAAAAGCUUUUUGGAUCUUUGGAGAUCUGUAGAUUUAUUUCCAUAUGAACUGGUUAUUUUGUAUAAAGUACAUUGUUAAAUUA